AUGGCCGGCGAAGUUGUUGUCGAUGCGUUACCGUAUUACGAUCAAGGCUAUGACGAGUCUGGUGUCAGAGAAGCUGCUAUGGCCCUAGUGGAAGAAGAAACCAGAAGAUACAGACCAACAAAGAAUUACUUGGAAUACCUACCAACAACAAAUAUGUCUAACUUUGAGACGGAAAUAAUGAAAAAUGAGUUUGAAAGACUUCAAUCCAGACUGCCCAUGGAUAUGUUAAGUAUGAAAAGAUAUGAACUUCCACAGCCUUCAGCUGGAAAAAUGACAGAUGUGUCUGCCUGGACUGAAUGUGUGGAGAAUUCUCAAGCCCAGUUAGAACAUCAGAGUCUCAGGAUUUUAAAUUUGGAACUCAUAUCUGAAUUUGGAUCCCACACUUGGAAAAGCUAUAAUAAUGUCCUCGUUCAGAUGUUAGACUCUGCUCAGAAACACCUUCAAGAUCUGAGGAAAAAGAUUCAGGAGAUAAAUUGGCAGAGGAAAAAUGAGCAAUCCAAUGCUGGUAAAGAUCUGAAGGAACUGGAAGCAAGCUGGGUAGGAUUAGUCAGUAAGAACUAUGAAAUUGAGCGGGCCUGCGUGGACCUGGAAAAAGAAAUUGCGGACAUGGAGAGGAAAAACAGAAGCAAGAAAUCAAAGAAAUAAUAGAAGCUUUUUACUAAAGAUCGAUUUGAUGCAGUCGUAAAAUAACAAGGGUGUCAAUUACACCACAGAGUCUACAGCAUCAAGGACACUGCUGCAUCAGGAAAUUCACAACAAGUGGACAGUGAAUCUGUAGGAACUCUUAUUCAGCUGUGGCAGGCUACACUAAAAUAAGGUUACAUGUGUCACUACAGUGUUCUGUUGGCUUGAACUGUAAUGUGUGAUGGCCUCAUGUUUUAUUAUACUCAUACAGAAGGGAGUGUGGAUGGGAUGCAUGGUUGAUGGGUUUUAGAAAUGAAAUCACACAACUAUUCAGCAGGCAAAAAAGAAAAAAAAGAUUGUCACAAGUGGUUUUUCAAUUACAUAAUGAAUCUUUUCUCAUGCUUUGUCAUUAAAUUUGAUUUUCUGAAUGCUAGAUCAAUAGAGAAAGCUUGUUCAAACCUCGCUCCAUUUCCUUGAACUCCUAGACCAGAUAUAAGCUAUUUUGCUGUCUUUUGUCUAGUAUCUACUGAUCUAGAGAUCUACUGUGCAGGAGCACCCUUAUAUCAGACAAUGUAGAUUCCUGGUGAAGCACCCUUCCAGGAACCAAGUCGUUUCUGAAUUUAAAAUGUGUUCAUCAUAUAAUAGCAAAACAUUCAUUCAUUCAUCUUAACUAUUUUCGACCAAUGUACUUUUCAUAUGAUCAUAAAUGAAUCUAAUAUGUGUAUUUUGUAAAUCUCACAAUAAUGUUAACAUAUGUAAUUUGAUUAUUAAAUAAAAUUUUGAAUUUU